UGGAGAUAUUUUGCUCGGGAGUCAAAGCAAAAUGCUCUACUGCUGGGGAGAAGGCGCCUCCGGGCAGCUGGGGCUGGGAGACGCAGAGGAAGGGCGCUCGGAGCCGAUCCGUUUCCGUCCCGGGCCGGACGCGUCCUCGAGGCGCGGCACGACGCUGGUGGCCUGCGGAGAGCGGCACACGCUGCUGCUGCACGCCGACGGCUCCGUCUCUUCCUGCGGGGACAACGCCCGGGGCCAGCUGGGCAGGAGGCUCCCCGCCGGGCGGCAGUGCGGCUCCGAGCCAGAACAAAUCCAAGCACUGGAAGCGCAGGCUAUUGUCUAUGUAAGCUGUGGGAAGGAGCACUCGAUAGCCGUUUGCAGCAACGGAAGGGUUUUCUCUUGGGGAGCGGGCUCUUUUGGACAGCUGGGCACUGGGGAACUCAGAGACCGCUUAAUCCCCAAGAAAAUAGACAGCUUGUCUGCAUUCAAAAUAAUACAGGUGACUUGUGGACACUACCACUCAAUAGCCCUGACAAAAGAUGGCAGAGUCUUCUCCUGGGGGCAGAACACCCACGGUCAGCUGGGAGUCGGAAAAGAAGCUCCUUCCCACAGUCGGCCGCAGCAUGUUUCUGCUCUGGAUGGCAUCCCGUUGGCCCAGGUGGCUGCAGGCGGGGCACAUAGUUUUGCCCUCUCCCUUUCAGGAGUUGCAUACGCGUGGGGAAGAAACAAUGCGCAUCAGCUGGGCUUAAGUCAGAGUGACCCAAAAGAACAGGUCUUCAAACCACACUCGGUGGCUGCUCUGAAGAGUCUUGGUGUGAUCUACAUUAGCUGUGGGGCUGAGCACACGGCUGUCCUCACUCAGAAUGGCAGCGUCUUCACAUUUGGAGAUAACUCUGCUGGACAACUGGGGCAUGCCUCUUCCACCCAGAAAACUGGUCCACAAAAAGUUGACUGAAUUAGUGGUCCAGUGUCCCUUUUGGCAUGUGGAAGCUAUCACACUCUUGCUUAUAUCUCUGCUUCUGACGAGCUGUUAUCUUUCGGACGUGGCUGCAGCGAACAUGGAACAGCUUCUUUAAAGUUGGAUGAGAUGCAGAAUUUUAACAUUAGUGCACUUAUUUCUCCUAAUGAAUUGUCGGGUAUCCAAGUAAAACAGAUUUUUGCUGGAACGUAUGUCAACUUUGCCAGCAGCGUUCAGCCACAGGCAUCUAAAUACACAACUGGACCCUCAUCUGUAGAAACUUUGCCAAAGAUCAGCCAAAUGGACAGAGCACUGAUCGACAAGUGGAUGUCAGCUACAGCAGAAAGUGAAACACGGCAGAAGGCAAAAAGAGAAAUAGAAGUGAUAUUUUCUUCCCCUGCCUGUUUAACUGCAAGUUUUUUAAAACCAAGAUUUGCUCUGGAAACUGGCUGUUGUAUAGCAGUUGACCUACAAAAAGCAAGAGAAGUAUUCUGUGAGCUUACCAAAAAAGACUGGAUCACUGGCAGGGUCUCUUUCUCUCUGGUGAACCAUCUGAUCUCCUCCCUUCCACUGAAUUCUCCUCACCAAGAGGCCCUUUCCUGCUGCCUUCUGCUGCCUGAGUGCUUUGCAGCUCUUGAAGCACAGAACUUUCAGUCCUUGGCUCUGCCCUUCGCAAAAGCCAUCAAUGGCAUGAGCAAGCGCUCUUCUGACAUUCUAGAAAAAUAUUGGUCGUCCUUGCCAGCCACGUUUUUUGACAACAUCGUUCAGGUGCUAAAGAAGGCUGUGGUGUCUCAGCUGCCUUUUUAUCUUAUUCGUCCCCACUGCCAAGAACUGAUUCCAAUCCUGGAAGUGCUUCAGGACCUGUACAAGGUAAACAAGAAGGCUGGCUGCAAACUCCAGCUGAGCAACUUCUAUAUUGAUGACCUCUCCCAGAAAAUUAACCUUUUUGUUGAUUUAGCCAGAUGGCACACCUGGAUUGAUAAUCUUAAUCCUUCCCCCCUCAUCUCUUUCUGCCGCUUUCCUUUUGUUUUCAAUCCCAUAUCCAAGAUGCAACUAUUUGAUCUUGAUUCUGCUACUCUGCAAGAGUGCAUAAAGGCAGAAGCCCAUCAAAUACUUGUUAACAACCACCUGAACAAAAUUGAUGAAUAUCCCAAACUGCCAGUCUUUCCCUUGCGGGUACGACGCCAUAACCUUGUAGAAGAUACUUUGCACAAAUUGAGUCAGGCGGAAGACAUAUCCCUGAAAAUGCAGUUGUUGAUUCAGUUUGAAGGAGAAGUGGGUAGACCAGAAGCUGGAGGGAUUUUGGUCGAAUUCUUUUUGUAUGUGUUUGAGGAGAUGGUCCAUCCGGACUAUGGCAUGUUUAUGUACUGUGAGAAGAAUUCUCCGAUGUGGUUUCCAGCUAGGCCUUCUGCAGAAAUGAAGAAGUAUUACCUCUUUGGGAUCCUGUAUGGGCUCUGCCUCUACAACAGGGUCACUGCCCAUGUCCCUCUCCCUCUGGCUGCCUUUAAAAAACUGAUGGGCAAGAAACCCUCCCUCGAUGACUUGAAAGAGCUGAGCCCUGUCUUAGGAAAGAGUUUGCAGGCGGUUCUUGAUUGUGAUCACGAUGAUACGGUAGCAGACCUCCAGCUGUGUUACAAUAUACACUGGGACAACAUGGACAUGGAUUUGAUUCCAGAUGGAAGUUCAGUAGCUGUGAAUAUUGCAAACAGGAAGGACUUUGUCAGCAGGUAUGUAGAUUAUAUCUUCAACAGAUCCGUGGAAGGAGUUUUUGAGGAGUUCAAGAGGGGAUUUUAUAAGGUCCUUGACAAACGAGUCAUUGGCUUCUUUGAACCCCAAGAGUUGAUGGAAGUGGCCAUUGGGAAUGCAAAUUACGACUGGGAUGUCUAUGAAAAGAAUGCUGUUUACUGGGGAAUAUACAAUCCGACUCACCCUACCAUAACAAAGUUCUGGAAGGUUUUCCAUGAGCUAACUUUAGCUGACAAAAAAGGCUUCCUAUUAUUUGUCACAGGAAGUGACCGGGUCCCUAUAACAGGAAUGGAGUCCAUGAAGCUAACUAUUCACUCGCAUAAGGCGCUUUCAGAAGAACAUAUCCCUGAAGCCCAGACCUGCUAUCAUAUUCUCCUCCUACCUCCUUAUUCCGCAACAGGAAAACUAAAGGAGAAACUUCUACGGGCUAUUGAGAACAAUUCGGGCUUUGGCAAAUAUUGAAAUUGCUGAUUCAACGACAACAACAACAACAUAGACAGGAGCUUGGGAAUGAAAAUUUGGUAGCUUAGUUUCUCUUUCAUUGUUGAGAAAUUUAAGGAAACAUACAAGCCUUUUCAUGAGGUUUAAAUCAGUUGAUUAUCAAUGAUUUUCCACUUAGUUGUUCCUGAAGCAUAGUUUAUUUCCCUUAGCUGUAGCCUCUUUUACUAUGUAACUUGAAAUUAAAGAAUUCCAGUUUGUACCCAA